GCGGCCGCCAUCUUGGAAUUGACGCUUGGCGAGAGGGGAGAACUGAGGCAGGGGCGGGGGGGGGAGAGCGGCCUCCCUCUCCUCCUGUCGCCAUGGCAACAGCCGCUGCUAACCAGGAAAUGGCAUCGGAUGUCCCCUUGCUGGGCUCUGCUUCAGGGACACCUGGACCCGACGCGUGUUCUGGAGGGAGCAUCGUCCAGAGAGCAAACAAGAGGAGGACGGGGCUCGAUUUUGAUGACGACGGAGAAGGGAACAGCAAAUUUCUCAGGUGCGAUGAUGACCAGCUCCCGAACGACAAGGAGCGGUUUGCUAGGUCUGAUGAUGAGCAGAGCUCAGCGGAUAAGGAAAGACUGGCCAGGGAGAAUCACAGCGAGAUCGAGCGCCGCCGGAGGAACAAGAUGACGGCCUACAUCACGGAGCUGUCGGACAUGGUGCCCACCUGCAGCGCCCUGGCCCGCAAGCCGGACAAGCUCACCAUCCUGCGCAUGGCCGUCUCGCACAUGAAGUCCCUGCGGGGCACCGGGAACACCUCCACUGAUGGCACCUACAAGCCCUCCUUCCUCACCGACCAGGAGCUCAAACACUUGAUUCUGGAGGCGGCCGACGGGUUCCUCUUCAUCGUGUCCUGCGAGACGGGCCGGGUGGUCUACGUCUCUGACUCCGUGACACCCGUCCUGAACCAGCCCCAGUCCCAGUGGUUUGGCAGCACCCUCUACGACCAGGUGCACCCCGACGACGUGGACAAGCUGCGGGAACAGCUCUCCACAUCGGAGAACGCCCUUACGGGUCGCAUCCUGGACCUGAAGACGGGGACCGUCAAGAAGGAAGGGCAGCAAUCCAUGCGGAUGUGCAUGGGAUCCCGGCGGUCUUUCAUUUGUCGGAUGAGAUGCGGCAAUGCCACGGUGGAUCCAGUCUCCAUGAACCGCCUCAGCUUUAUGAGAAACAGGACCCGGAAUGGGUUGGGUGCUGUGAAGGAUGGUGAGCCUCAUUUUGUCGUGGUCCACUGCACAGGCUACAUCAAAGCCUGGCCACCAGCAGGGGUCUCCCUCCCGGAUGACGACCCAGAUGCUGGGCAGGGGAGCAAGUUCUGCCUGGUGGCCAUCGGCAGGCUGCAGGUCACGAGCUCGCCCAGCUGUGUGGACAUAAACACCGUUUGCCAGCCCACAGAGUUCAUCUCGCGGCACAACACCGACUGCCUCUUCACCUUCGUCGACCACCGCUGCGUGGCCACCGUUGGCUACCAGCCGCAGGAACUCUUGGGAAAGGAUAUUGUUGACUUCUGCCAUCCGGAAGACCACCAGCUUUUGAGGGACAGCUUCCAGCAGGUGGUGAAGUUAAAAGGCCAAGUUCUGUCCGUCAUGUUCCGUUUCCGGUCCAAGAACCAAGAAUGGCUCUGGAUGAGAACUAGCUCCUUCACCUUCCAGAACCCCUACUCAGACGAGAUAGAGUACAUCAUCUGUACCAACACCAAUGUGAAGAACGCCAGCCAGGAGUCCCGGCCUGCCUUGGCCAAUCAGAUGCAGCGGCCCCAACUGGGCCCAAACGCCAGCCUGCCUUUGGAGAUGAGUCCUGCCCAGCUGGCGACGAGGCAGCAGGCGACGCAGCCAACAGACGUCGACGUGGUCCCCGUCAGGGAGAGCUUAGCCAGUUACGACCACGCCCAGGCUGCCGUUCAACCGGUGGCCACCACCGGCCCGGACCAUGGCAAACCUCUGGAGAAAGCAGAGACCCUCUUCAGUCAGGAGCGGGACCCUCGCUUCAGUGAAAUUUACAGCAGCAUCAGCACAGACCAGACGAAAGCCGUCUCUUCUGGCUCUCUGCCCUCCAGCCAGUCCCUCUUCUCUCAGGGAAGCAGUUUCAUAGCUCCUCGUCCCGCCGAGAACUUCAGGAGCAGCACGAUGGUGCCCCCCGUGAACGUCAUUCAGCAGCAGCUGCCCACGGCACCGCAUUCAGCCUCGGCGGGUCAGAUCCUGGCCCAGAUCUCUCGCCACUCCAAUCCCGAUCAGGUCUCCGGGACCACGUGGGCUUCAGGGACGACACGCACGUCUUUCACUCCCCAGCAGGCGGCUUCCCACGCUGUUAAGACUCGGCCGCCUUCCUUUGCCAUGGGCACCUUCCAAGGCACCCCGUCCUCCUUCAGCCCCAUGUCGACACAAGGCUCCACAGCUUCGCCAGGCGGGUCUGCCUACCCAAGCCUUGCCAGCCGCAACGCCAGCUUUGCUGCUGGAGAGAGCGGGCAGGCCCCAGCCCCGUUCCAGCCCCGGGCAGCGGAGGGGGUCGCCGUGUGGUCGCAGUGGCAGGGUCAGCACCACGGACAGAGUCCAAGCGAGUCGCACGCCCAGCAGCCACCACCAAACCAGUCGGAAGUCUUCCCGGACAUGUUGUCCAUGCUGGGGGAACAGGGAGCCAGCUACAACAACGAAGAGUUUCCCGAGCUGAACAUGUUCCCUCCCUUUUCGGAAUAAGGAUGGGAAAAGAUCUAUGCAGACGGUGCAGUUUCCCUGGCCCCCCGUGUAGCGACGCAGGAAGGGAGGAGUGUUUGUGACUCCCCCAACCCUUUCUAACUUCUGUCAAAGACUGCUAUAGUCUUCCUACUUCUGGGAAGCAGAAGCGCUGCAGGCGAGGCGUCGCAGAGGGAGUCCGGCUCGUUCCCAACUUGGGUGGAGCCUCCGGCGAGGCCGCUGUUUCCCUCCUUCCCGGCAGACCUGCCGCAAACCGGUUGUGUUUUGGAGAAAGCCGCGUGUGCAGAGUCCAAAAGCAGUCGCGAGGACUUGGGGAGCCCGAUGAGUGGACGAUGCUCAGUGUGCGAUCAUCAGGGAUUUUUAAAAGCUCAAUGGGUGUUUGGUUUUUUAAAAAAGAAACACCCUACGCCAUAACCUUUUAUACAUAUAUACAUAUAUAUAUAAAUAUAUCAAAAUUGUAUUCUUGUUUAUACGAUGUCAGGGAAUGGGGGCAGAAUUUGCCCCCUGAAAUGAUGCUUAAAGCGCUGUGUAAUUCCGUCACCUGUGAACACCCGAGGCAUAUAGAGAAACUCGUUGCCGCACACUCGUUUCACUAGCGUCCGCACUCGUGUGUUCAGGUCUUGCACGUUAUCUCCCUCGAGCAGUGUUAAUGAAAUGGAGGGGUCUGCCUGCCCCCACCCCAACGGUUCACCCUGCUGGGCUAGCAACUUUCUCAAAUUCCCCCCCCCCCUUCCCAGCAGCCGCCAAGCCCCCCACCAGGGCUUGAAUGAUGUGUAUGUCUUUAGGGCAUUGUGCUCUCCCCAUAAUGUAUAGGGGGCACUGGGAACAACAAGGAAGUUGGGGGACAUCGGAGCUGGCUGCAGUUGGCUAGUCAAGGAAAAAGUAGGCAUGGCUUGUCCUGAAGGAAGCCUUCAGGUUCCUCUGUUCUCUGGAAACCCAGACAAGCAAGUGUGGUGUUUGCCUUCUGGGAUGAUGAGACUGAAGGUAUCCACCAUUGAAGCUGGCCCUGUUUCCUCCCAUAACCUGUGCAAUUAAAAGUGGGCCUCGCUCAUUAGCGGAACCCUCUUGGCUUUCUUUUUUCUUGUAAUGCUUCAGGACGGGGGACAUUUCCAAGCCAUAAAAAGCAUCCGUAGCACAAAAGCUUUUUGUUGUCGUUGCAUUGUUGAGGAUUUCGGGGUUCACGUGGGUCCCCUUUGUAUCCAUCCCUCUCUUAAUGUGAAACGGGACAGGGCUGCGAUCUUCCCCUGGCGCUCACACAAUUCUGGAAACAAGCAGAUCUAAUCUGAACAGGUUUCCUGUCCAUCUGUUUCCUGGUGAUGUCUUCCCCUCUCCCCCCCCCCCCCUUCUUCAGUGGGGGGGAAAGAACACACAUACCUGUCUCUCUAUCCCAAUCCAGGCAUUAUCCUGCUCACCUGUUCUAGGGGGUGGGGAGUAAGAAUUGAGAUGAGACGAUGGGAACCUUGUUCCAGAGAUGUGUGAUCGUCAUGGAAAUAUACUUAACAUUUGUCAUGAAGCCUGAAUUCUUGGAAUCUACCACUGUCUUCUUUCAGAAAUCACAGUUGAAAGUGGGGUGAACCCCAGGCUUUGGAUAGAGCGGAAGACUGUUCCUCUCGUGUUCCAGAUGUUAUGUAUAUGAUAUUGAAUAGUGUAACAAUGCAGUUCUGUCUUUUCUGAGAAGGAAAAAUGAAAGAUCAGGAUAAAUUCUUUUAAAAGCCCACGGCGAUUCUCGUUUCUAUCUUGCAAAACUCAGCCAUUGUUUGCCAAAGCGCAAGGAUUGAUCUCCCGGCGUCCCAAAAAUAUGGCACCAACCACUUUGCGAUUUAAAAGCAACAAUAACUUUUUAGUAAUGACUGCAGAAUUCAGCAUCUGGAUAAUUUCUAGUUCUCCCCCCCCUUUUUUUGUACUUUAAAAAAAAUCAAGUUUCUAGCCCUCAUGAUGAACAGGACCAGCUUGAUGAUGUCUGUGGGCCCAUAUCUCAGAAGCAUUUUACUGUUUUUCGUGUCGGCCUUUUGUCCCUUGCCCUGGCUUAACAGAGCAAUUAUGCAAAAUAAACGAUAUGCCAUAUGUUUUAUUCA